GCGGGGGUCGGAGUCAGGGGUCCAGCAAGGAGUAAUUGUGGUGACAGCCAGUGCAAGGGGACAAGGACCCUUGUGAGACACGGAGGAGUUAAACUAUAGGGACAAAGAGAAGGAAGCGAGAGGGACCGGCAGACCCCAAACUGGACUUCAGUAUGGGUGUUAAGAGCAAGGCUGCUGCUGCUAUCGUAGUCCUGCUGCUGUUCCUCGGCUCCCUGUGGAUCCGGGGAGGUUUGGAUUACCACUGGGAUUCUUGUUUGAAAGGAUAUAAUCAGGUGAACACGCUUCACCAGCUGUACAACAGCAGUGAAGCCGAUGGGGCUGAGGGCCCCCAGGUCAUCGAGGGGUGCCCCGGUCAGACCUUCCAGGUGUCCCUCCUGCACUCCCACCUGCUGGCUGCACCGGCCUACACCUCGGACGUGCUAAUGCAGCCAUAUCUGUCCAGCUGGGACGAGCUUGUGAGGUUUAUGGAGGCGCUGGGCCCCAUGGUGGGACUGAUAUCUAAAGAGAUUGAAAGCAAGACUUCCAUAAUCCGUCAACUGGCCCUGUUGUCAGAAGGGAACCCUGAAGCAGAGCUGGGCCCAGAUAUACACUCAAUAAACAGUGUGGGCGGAGAGGCCGGGACAAAGAACGAUAAGGAGGCCUCACAGCACGCCGGCGCCUAUCACUCUGUGCGCUCCAUGAUCUGGGUGGAGCUGAACCGAGGACUGGUGGACUUCGACCACCAGACGGAGUCUGGAUGCAGGACUCUUCUGCGUCUGCAUCGCGCUCUGCUUUGGCUGAAGCUCUUCCUGGAGAAGCUGGCUGAGACGCCGGCGGCCAGCCGGCUGAGGAGCCCCUCGGAGCUGUGCAGGGAGGCCUACCAGAGCACCCUCGCCAACCACCACACCUGGUUCGUCCGCAGGGCCGCCGAGCUGGCCUUCAUUGCCAUGCCAGAGCGCGGUUUCUUCUUCAGGCUGGUGUGUGUGCAGAACCAGGGGGAGCUGAACACGGUGCUGAACAGAGUGGCUCAGGCCAUCGGGGAGGUUUAUGACAGGACGCAGAAAGCCCUUGAGGAAAAUAACAUGCUGGACUUGCCAUAGAAAAGGGGCUAAUCAGACUUGACCAUAUUUGCACUGUCCUCGUGGUUUCCUGGGCAUCACACAUAAACGUCUAGCUAAAAAAACGUGGCGUUAACUUUUCUCAAGGAAACAUGAGUAAACUUUUUUUCUAUGCUAACAUUCACACGUGCCAUAUCCCCCCCCCCCCCCCCCCAACCAAAGUGCUGCAUCAACAAUCAACUGAUGCUGAAAGUCAGUUUGCUUUCGGGCCUGUGGACAUUCUUUAUCACAUUUUAUGAGCUCAUGACUCGGCUUCUCACUUAAGAGGCAUUUUGAAGACAGCUGAUGCAUCCAGGCUGGCUAAACACAGAAUGUGAAUUAUUUGUAAUGGAGUGCAUCAGAUUGUACAGUUUACAUUUUAAAUUCUAUUGAAAAUGUGCUGUUUUAAUUGUAGCUGAUGCUUGGUGACUUAGUAUACUACCUCAAAAACUGGCUUGGUCUAGAUGCCUUGUAGCCUUUAAAUCUGGGACCAAUCUAUCCCAAGUAAAGAGGUAUUACACAAACAAUCAACAUGUGCUGAACAAAGGACUAAAUGGCACUUCAUAGCAUCUGUGGUGCGAGUGUGGAAAAUACAUUUUUCUGUUAUAUAUUGUAAAUUUUUCUAUCAUGUUAAUAAUUAUUAAAUAACAAAAAAAAAAGAAUCCAGAUGCCUAUUUUUUGACUUAGUCUGUGUAAUGCUAUCCACCAUCCAGCAGAGGUUCUCUCUGCUACAGAAUAAUCUUCACUUAUCAUCAUGGUGGAUAAAAUCUGCUCUGUGCGAUACAUUUUGUGGAAAUGUGCUUUUUAAACCCCAAUACAAAUGCUGUUCCCCUCAUUUUAUCUCUUUGUUUGUAAGAAAACUUUAGAUGUCAUGGCUUAAAUAUUAGAAAAAGUCCUGAUCCGAAGAAAAUGUGUCCGAUUAUUCAGGAUUUUUACAUAUAGAAUGUGUGUGUAACAGAGAGAACAGCAUGUGUAAGCAUCAAUCACCGGCGCUACUCUUGAUCGAACUAUUUUAAAGCCACAAAUACCUCUAAUGCCAUGUAAUCCAUGAGUCUCUCCCUUUUCCUGGACUGUGCUCUCUCUUUCUGAGGAGGAGACAGUGAAGAAAGGAGAGAUAAGGAUAUAGCCUGAAGCCUCAGUGUGAACAGGAGACAGGAGCUGGUUGAAGGUCACAGAGCGGAAGUACACUUCGCCUGUAAUCUUGUCAAGCAGUUGGCGGCAGACUAAUGUAAAGCAUUCCCCAAAGGAAAAAGUAAUACUAACUAAAACAGACUUCACACAUUUCUGAGCUCUGGUCGAUCAUUAUUCAUGAUUGUGAACAACCAUUUGUUAUAGUAGAAUCCAGAAACCUCUAACCUGCACUGUGUAGGAGGAUGACAUGUUGCUGGUGGUAUUUCCACUGCGUAUUCACUUCCUCUUGAUACUAUUGUGACAAUAAAGUGCAGAGACUCUCACUAGUUCUAUGAACAUUAC